AUGCCUGUAACUAUGAGCACCCCUCCGGAAACCGAUUUUCACUCGGUCUGGCAAGAUGCUUGCGAGGAUUACGCCAGACAAACCGGGAUUGCCAUCGGGGAUGAGCGUUUUCCCAGAACGCAGGGACUUGAAGAUCUAUCCCGCCAGCUGGAGUAUGAGAAGGACAACUUCGAGGAUUUCCGGAUGAAGAAACGGCCCCUAUUCCAUGCAAUGCAAACUGUGCUGGUGCCAUUUGAAGAAUGGGGUGGAUUGAUUGCUGACGGCGUCGCUGUGGCGUUCCCACCAGCAUCGUCAAUUAUGGGGGCGAUGCUUCUUCUUGUCCGGGCGGCACGCAGAGUUAGCGAUGCAUUUGACGUGAUUCUCGACCUUUUCCAAAACCUCGGGCACUUUGCCUUGCGACUAGAGUCAUACAAGGGCAUCGCUAUGAGCAGCGGUAUGAAAAUGAUCAUUGUGAAAGUUUUGGUCAACUUCCUGAAAGUCUGCGCGGCGUCACAUAAUCUCUUGAACAAGGGCUCAGUCAAGGCAAGACUGUCUAAGUGGGGAAAGAAUAUCCUUGUUGAGGAUUCAUCCAUCAAGGCUUUGCUGGAUGACCUACAAGAUCUAACCAGCGUGGAGCAUAUGAUGGUCUCUGCCCACGGCCUCAAUCUCACUCAUCAAGCCCUGAAGAACACCCAAAAAUUACUCGAUCGAGACGAGCGGAAAACUGACGGUGAAAGGCUGGAGCGGAUCAAAAGCGUCUUAGAGCCGGUACCUGCGUCUAGCCAGGUUUUAUCGUCCGUCAUACAGAACCGCUUACCGGGUUCUGGUUGCUGGGUCGAAGAUAGGCUCCGAUCAUGGUGGCAGGGGCCCGAGCCGCUCCUCUGGAUACACGGUGGCCCUGGUGUUGGCAAAUCUCAUUUGGCAUCCAAAAUUAUCACUGAUCUAUCGAAGGAGUCACCUGCACCUACUGUGGCAUGUUUCUUCUUCAAAAACAACGAUGUCGACUUACGAUCCUUAAAUAAAGCCCUCCGAACACUUGCCUGGGAGGUGGCCACGCAGCAGCCUAGCUUUGCGGUCGAGGUCGAGCAAUUCUGCUUAAAGGAAGAGCCAGGGAGUAACCAUGCCCUAUGGGCGAAUCUAUUCCUAAAGUACUUUACUCAGGGUUCCUCCGCCAACAAAACUUGCUUGAUUAUUGACGGAAUCGACGAGGCUGAGCCACAGGAACAACAAAUUCUCUUCAACUCUUUGAAAGAGGCCUUCUCGGAGGCACGCCUUGAAGUGCAGCCUGCUUCAUUGCGAAUCGUUUUGUUGAGCCGAGAUUCAGUACGAAGUCUGCUCGAAGAGCAUUCAUUGGAGUGGGUCCCAGAUAUUGAAGUUGGUCAUGUGCAAACCAAAGACGAUCUUCACCAUAAUUCACGAUAUCAAACAGAAAGCCGAAGGCUUGUGGAGUGGGCUAAUCUCGUCAUCAAAUCAGUCCUCCGUUGUCGCUCUAAAGAACAGAUACGGAAGGUGAUCGAAAAAAUGCCUCAAGGUAUCAGUGCUAUGCUCCAACAAGAGCUGCAGCGCCUGGCUGCAGAAUUAUUCGGGCAGGAUGAGUUAUCUGAUGGUGUGGUAUCCGAGGGUGACAGUCCUGCUACACCAAUAGCUCAGUUAAAUGUGUUGCUCACUUUUGUUGCCUUGGCCCAGAAGCCUUUGACCAUUGAGCAACUCAGUAUUAUCCUCAAGAUUCUGCUCAAGGAGGAAUAUAUGGGCCUCGAAGAUGAUCUUCGUACACUUUACUCUUCGUUGUUCUACGUCAGGCCGAGCAAUGAACCAGACCCCCUUGAGGGUGAAGCAGUCGUUACACUCCGGCAUGGUUCAUUCUAUGAGUUCUUCCUGACGGCUGGGAAAUCUGGACCAAUUCACGUCAACUUGGAUCUGGCGGAUGUGAUGUUCUCAUACGUCUGUCUCCACGCCCUGGAUGAGAGCUGUGCACUUUUGUCAGAAAGAUCCAGAUUUGCUCUUAUGCAAUAUGCUGAAGAGUUCUUGCCACUUCACCUAGGACGUUCUGACCCGGAGAAAGCUGGAGCCCUACAAGCAGACAUCUCAUACUUGCUUGUGGACGUGUUCAGCAGCGCGAAAGAUGGAGAGUGGCUGAUUACUCACGUGCACCUAUUCGAGUGUGGAGCGUACGCUUCCUACCCAACGUGCUGGUUGUCGAAUCUCGGUCGCUACUGGCUGGACGCUGGAGACCGUGCUACCGCAAAUGAGCGAGCAGAUCUUAUACUCAACUGGUUACUUCCGGACGCGAAGCAGAAGUUCGUGUCUCAUGCCCGGUCUGCGGCAAUGACAAGCGAUGCCUCCGCUUUUACUGUCCUUUGGUCCUUCAAGGUGGUGUACUGGACUCAGCGCUGGCUACAGCCAGAGGAAAUUAAUGUUGAUGAUGGGUUAUCUGCUAUUGUGCCUGCAAUUUUGACGGUAUACGAUAUUAUGGCUAAUGGAUCAAAGGAAUCCAUUGCGGAAGAAGUCACAUCAGCCCAGGAACCCUUGGAAGGAGGCAUCAUUGUGAAAGUGUCCGAUGAGUUGAUGAACUUCAAUAUGCCUGCUGGAAUUAUGGUGCCUGCGGAGCGACGUCAAGUUGAGCAGACACGUAUGUGGCAUACACGUGUGGCUCAGGCCCUGCUCGCGCGAAAUUGUAGCGGGCACGCGAUUGAGCAUUUUCGAAUUGCUCUCCGCGAAGACACGAUCGGGCCAAAAUUCACCACCCUAUCGCUAUAUGUUAUACAAAAAGACAUGUCCCGUGCAUAUACAAAGCUCGCCAUGCACAAGGAGGCCCUAGAACAUCUCGAAAUAUCUGAAACUCUCCGCAAUACCUUUAGGAAGGUUGACGACAGGCAGAAUGAUGGCACCACCCAUGAUCGUAUCCGAGACAUGCUUCACAAAGCGCAGAAGAAACACAAUGCAAAGUUAACGGAUGGCGCAAUUGCGACAGCAGAGGAAGCCUGGAACCUCCUGUUAUACACGCGAGAUACCAACACUGAUUACCUGAUACGUCCGUUCUUCGAAAUCUUCGUGGAGUUGAACCAAUUUCAUCAUCUGCGGCCCGUGUUUGAAUUUGCAUACAGCUAUUUCAAAGAGGCCGCGGAAUCUGGAACUGCAACUGUAUUCUCAGGGUUCGACAGCUUUAUAGCGCACACUCUCACCCAGAUACCACGUGUCAUGUACAGAGUCCUCCAUUGUGCCAUCAAUCAAACAGACCAAGAAUAUAUCGAUAUCGCGACAAGAGCUCUUGCGAAAAUCGACUUGGAUGUUGCCAAUGGGAGUCCCAUGGAAGCCAAGUACCUUCUUUCAACUGCACUAGUUGAGAAAGGCUUCGUAGAGUCUGGAAUACUGGGCUGGCACGACGUGGCUUCCCGUUCCACAGGGCCACUCGAUCGGUGGGACAGGGCUGCCCAGAUACUUUCUGUUUGCAAAUUAGCUUCUCUGUGCCUAGAAGAUGAGAGACCUAUUUGUUGGAAGUGGCCUCAGUUAACAUUGGAUGGCAGCUUUGACUUCAGCGGCAUCUCCUUACUUCUCUCCACGUGGUUCAGAAAUCGUGGUGACUAUGCAAGUGCCAGAGAUACUCUCCGCUGGUGUGUGAAAGGGUGUCUUUCUUUGCUUACGGAUGAUGAUCCUGCAAAUGACACCGAGGCAUACGUGGGACUCUUCAAGGUCUCUCUGCUUGCUACAGAUAGCGACGCAGACCUCGAAGCAGCCUUGUACAUGAUAAAGCACGAUACUGAACCGCGAAUGCUGGUCUUCCAUAAUAGUGCUACCGCCUCGAUCAAAGCCGACAGCGAUUCGCAGAUGGGUAUUUUCGACGAACUUGGGACCUUGCAUCUGACAGGGAAUAAAAUUGAUUCUUUGGAAAGCGAUAGCGAUGAUAGUUGGAUAGACGAUAUCGCCUCUGUUGGCUUUGUGUCUGAUCACUUGACUGAGUGUUCAAGCUGCAAGAGAGAUAUAUCAAAUCUGUAUCACGGGUGGUUCUGUCGAUCUUGUCCAUUCUCUGCACUUUGCCAACGAUGCUACAGGAUAUUGGAGUCGGACAUUCUUCAUCCAUUUGCAGGUAUUUGCAAUCCUGAGCAUCAGUUUUUCUUCACGGGCUCGCUUCUCCGUCCUUCUGAGCGUGUGCCCGAAGGGAUGGUCCCUUUGAUAUCUUCUACAGGCGAGAAGCAGGACAUUUGGGUUGAAGAGUGGAAAGACAGGCUUACAGAGAAGUGGGAGAGCACGGAAUUUGCAUUCCCCGAUGAUGGACUUUUGGCUUGGUGUAUGCAUGCUCUUCCUGAGCCGCAGAAGACACGGUGGGCUACGGUUUUCAAAGUGUAG